CAAUGGAAAAAAUAUCCUCAAGUGAGAAUUAAAAAAAAAAAGAUUGGCUAUUAGCCUUGAUGAAGUUAAGCAAAUAACAACAAAUUCUCCUUAAAGAUGUGCUACAAAGAUGUUCUGCAAAGAUAAACUUGGUGUUGGGCAUCCUGAACGUUCUUAACAGGUUCUAAUUUCAGGUGUUUUUGAAAAAAAAAUUCACAAUUUAGAUGUGAGAAAGGACAUGAGGAGGCCAAAGACCUGGGAUUUUGCUGAUCAGAAUGAAACAAAUGUUGAAAGACUUUUCAAAUCUGUUGUUGGUGGUACUCUGUGACUGUGUUCUUGGAGAAGCUGAAUAUCUCCUCUUGGGAGAGCCAGGACAUGUAGCCCUAAGCAACACCACAGUGUCUGUGGAUUUCCAGUAUUUUGAUGGUGCUAAUGGGACACUGAGGAAUGUAUCUGUGCUGUUGCUGGAGGCUAACACCAACCAGACUGUGACUACCAAAUACCUCCUGACCAACCAGUCCCAGGGGACACUUGAGUUUGAAUGCUUCUAUUUCAAGGAAGCUGGCGACUAUUGGUUCACAAUGACUCAGGAAGUGACAGACAGCAGCACUCCAGUUCCCUGGUGGGAGAAAAGUGCCUUUCUGAAGGUGGAAUGGCCUGUAUUUCAUGUUGAUCUGAAUAGGACAUCCAAGGCAGCAGAAGGCACCUUCCAGGUGGGACUUUUCACCAGUCAACCACUGUGCCUGUUCCCUGUGAAUAAGCCUGACAUCUUGGUGGAUGUCAUCUUCACCAACAGUCUUCCUGAGGAGAGAACAAGUCAGGGACAACCACUGGAGAUAAGAACCAGCAAGAGGACAGAACUCUCUCAAGGUCAGUGGAUUGAGUUUGGCUGUGCACCUGUGGGGCCCGAAGCCUAUGUCACCGUGGUGCUGAAGUUGCUUGGCCGAGACUCGGUUAUUACCUCCACAGGACCCAUUGACCUGGCCCAGAAAUUUGGAUACAAAUUGGUGAUGGUGCCGGAACUCACAUGUGCGUCUGGCGUGGAGGUGAUGGUGCUGCCCCCGCCAUGCAUUUUUGUCCAAGGAGUGAUUGCCGUCUUCAAGGAGGCCCCCAGACGUCCUGGGGAAAGGACCAUUCGGCUGGCUGAAAACAGCCUGACUUUGGGACAGAGGAGAACAGUGUUCAACUGCACUUUGUUCGACAUGGGGAGGAAUAAAUACUGCUUUGACUUUGGCAUUUCAAGCAGAAGCCAGUUUUCCACAAAGGAGAAGGAGUGCAUGCUAAUUCAGAGAAAUAUAGAAACUUGGGGACUGUGGCAGCCGUGGAGCCAGUGUAGUGCCACAUGUGGGGAUGGUGUCAGAGAGCGUCGCCGCCUGUGCCUGACUUCCUUCCCCUCCAGACCUGGCUGCCCUGGAAUGUCCUCGGAGACCUCCCGGUGUUCCCUGGAGGAGUGUGCUGCUUUCCAGCCAUCCAGUCCAUCUCCUCUUCAGCCCCAGGGUCCAGUGAAGUCCAACAACAUUGUGACGGUCACUGGGAUUUCCCUGUGCUUGUUCAUCAUCAUUGCCACUGUCCUCAUCACGUUGUGGAGGAAGUUUGGCCGUCCCCCGAAGUGCAGCACCCCCGCCCGACACAACUCCAUCCACUCCCCCAGCUUCCGGAAGAACUCGGACGAGGAGAACAUCUGUGAGCUCAGCGAGCAGCGUGGGAGUUUCUCGGAUGCGGGUGACGGGCCCUCGGGGAGCCGGGGGGACAUCGGCAUCCCCCUGACCUACCGGCAGAGUGUGCCGGUGACUCCUGACGACGAGGCCUCUGGCAGUGAGAGCUUCCAGUCCAACGCCCAGAAAAUAAUUCCCCCUCUGUUUAGCUACCGGCUUGCCCAGCAGCAGUUGAAGGAGAUGAAGAAGAAGGGCCUGACUGAAACCACCAAAGUGUACCAUGUGUCUCAGAGUCCCCUGACAGACACCGCCAUCGAUGCUGCCGCCACAGCACCCUUAGACCUGGCCCUUGACCUGGAAAGCCCGGAAGAAGCUGCAGCAAACAAGUUCCGGAUCAAAUCCCCAUUUCUGGAGCAGCCUGCAGUCAAUGCCGGGGAGAGGCCUUCCUCCCGGCUGGAUGUCCCUGUCUCUCAGGCCAGUUGUGCCAUAAGCCCCAGCCAGACCCUAAUCCGCAAGUCACAGAUGAGGCACAUGGGCAGCCGAGGGGGGCUGUCGGAGAGAAGCCACCCCAGGAGUUUUCAUUUCAGGAGGACUGCCAGUUUUCACGAAACCAAGCAGGCCCGACCGUUCAGGGAGAGGAGCAUGUCCACUCUGACUCCACGGCAGGCCCCGGCCUACAGUGCUAGGACACGGCCCUGGGACCAGGCAGAAGACAGACUUAGGCCUCAGAGUCGAGGUGCUGUUGUGUUUCCUGAGAAACUGGACCAUUUCCAAGGAGCCGGUGGAACCAGUGCUCCAUUAAGCUCUCUCCCUAAAUCCUACACCUUUGGGCAGCCCAUGAGGAAACCAGACCCAGGGUUUCGCCCCACAGGAUUUGUGGCAGGAGGUGAGAGAACGGAGCCUCCCAGAGCUCGGAGGGGACCGUCUCCCAGUCACAGGAGUGUCUCAAGGAAGCAGCCUUCACCCACUGCCCCUAAAGAUAGCUACCAUAGGGUGAGUCCUCUGAGCCCUUCUCAAUGUAGAAAAGACAGGUGUCAGAGCUUCCCGGCUCAGCCUGAGUUUGCCUUCUAUGACAAUACGUCAUUUGGCCUCACCGAGGCUGAGCAGAGGAUGCUGGACCUCCCAGGAUAUUUUGGGUCAAACGAAGAGGAUGAAACCACAAGUACACUUAGUGUGGAGAAGCUGGUCAUCUAGACCAAGCCAGCUUGAGACUUCACACAACUGGUGUCCUUUGCCCGACUCAUGAUAUCAGCUGCUCACAUUGUUCUGUGGAUUAUUUCAUAUAACUGUUUGUACAGUGGGACAGAAUGUGGGCAGGAAGUAAGUUAUGUGUAUGUGCAUGCAUUCUAAUUCAUAAGGAGGAGGUUAUUUAUCCUGAAUUUUCCCCUUUGUUAUCCUGUUUCUAUUCGUUUGUUACUAAUAACUACAAUAAUAAAAUUUAAACAAGAGUGGAAUAGGGCUUGGUCUCUCACGUGGAUAUGAAAGAUGACAAGAUGUGAUUUGUGAGUAGGAUAUGCUUUGAACACUUCAUCGACAGUUUCCAACUUGAAUCAAAUUUGGGAGCCUCAACUCUAAUAAGGACCAGAAUAAAGUGAACUUGCUAACACAACUCUGAA